AUGACGCCGGGUCGCGUCACGAUGUACACGUGUGGACCGACGGUGUACCGGUACGCACACAUCGGCAACCUGCGUACUUACCUGAUGGCAGACUGGAUACGUCGUAUUCUGACCGCUGACGGUAACGAGGUUUACCACAUCAAAAACAUCACCGACGUCGGCCACAUGCGGCAGGAGCUGGUUGAGGCGGGCGGCGACAAGAUGAUCAUGGCCGCGCUGGAAGAAGGAAAGACCAUUCAGGAGAUCGGCGAGUUUUACGCCGAUUGCUUCUGGCGCGAUGAAACACACCUGAACAUUCUGCCGGCCCACGUAUUCCCCUGGGCAUCCCAACACAUCCCUGAAAUGCUGGAAAUGGUUGGGACGUUGAUGGAAAAAGGAUCGGCAUACGAAGCCGGCGGGAACAUCUACUUCGAUGUAAAUAGCUACGCCGAAUACGGCAGGUUGUCGAAUAACUUCGGUGGUGAUUUGCUGGAAGGCGUGCGGGCAGAAGCUGACCCGCUGAAGCGGGACCCUCGCGACUUUACGCUUUGGAAGGCGGCUGAACCUGGCCGGGACGUAAAAUGGGACAGUCCUUGGGGCGAGGGCUUUCCGGGCUGGCACAUCGAAUGUUCGGCGAUGGCCCACAAGUAUCUUGGCGAACGGUUCGACAUCCAUACCGGUGGCGUGGACAACGUGUUCCCCCAUCACGAAGAUGAGAUUGCCCAGAGCGAAGGCGCUUUCGGCAACCGGCACGUUAACUAUUGGAUACACGGGCAGCACCUUUUGGCCGAUGGCGCCAAGAUGGCAAAAUCGGCGGGCAACGUCUUCCUCAUCGAGGACCUGGCAACCCGCGGUUUCAAUCCGCUGGCGUUCGAUACCUGUGUAUGA